AGGGGCGAAGGGAGGGGGCAGGCUGCGGCGCGCGGCGCGCCUCGCGCCCGGCCCUUUAAACUCUGUCUCAGUGUCUGCGCGCGCAGCGAGAUGGUGUGCUUCCGCCGGCGGGGUGAAAGUAGUCCCGGUGUGCUGCUUGAACUUCCCGCUCCGCGCCGGGUUCCGGGGUGAAGGACACCUUCCCUCAGCAAGCCCAGGCUCCCUGUGUCUGAUGGCCAGGGGUUUCACAGAAAACUGAGAAGAUGUGCUGAUUUCCCCAUGCUCCUGCACUUCUGAAUGCAAGUAGUGAGGAGAUAUGGAGAACCUGGUGUCUGGCUCCACCCUUCCUCCACUUUUUGCAGAUGAAGAGGGACCUAAGGAAGGCAGUGAAAUUACUGUCACUGGAUUAGCUCAUUCUGACAAUUCAUUCACUGGUGGAACUUCACAGCCUGUGAACAACCCGGAUUUGGUGGAGGAUUUGUCACAGGCUCAGCAGCUGCAAAAUGAGGCCUCUAAUACUGCUGAAAACACUGAGCAGAAGCCUGAGGAGGAGCAGCAAAGAACCAAGCGAGGAGGCUGGGCCAAAGGGAGAAAGAGGAAGAAACCCCUUAGGGACACGAAUGCCCCCAAGUCCCCCCUCACAGGGUACGUGCGGUUCAUGAAUGAGCGGAGGGAGCAGCUGCGAGCCAAGAGGCCUGAAGUCCCUUUCCCAGAGAUCACCAGGAUGCUGGGCAAUGAGUGGAGCAAACUGCCUCCUGAGGAGAAACGGCGAUACCUUGAUGAAGCAGAUCGAGAUAAGGAGCGUUACAUGCGGGAGCUGGAGCAGUAUCAGAAGACUGAAGCCUACAAAGUCUUUAGCAGGAAAGCACAGGACAGACAAAAAGGCAAAUCACACAGACAAGAUGGAGCAAGACAGACAGCCCACGAUCACGAGAAGGAAGCAGAUACAAAGGAGAGAUCUGUUUUUGAUAUUCCAAUCUUCACAGAAGAGUUCCUGAAUCACAGUAAAGCACGUGAGGCCGAGCUGCGGCAGCUGCGUAAAUCCAACAUGGAGUUUGAGGAGAGGAAUGCAGCCCUGCAGAAACACGUGGAGAGCAUGCGAACUGCAGUGGAAAAACUGGAGGUGGAUGUGAUCCAAGAGCGGAGCCGCAACACUGUGCUGCAGCAGCAUUUGGAGACCUUACGCCAGGCACUCACAACCAGCUUUGCUGGAGUCCCACUACCAGGUAGUGGGGAAACACCCACAAUGGAAACCAUUGAUUCCUACAUGAACAGACUGCACAGUAUUAUCAUGGCCAACCCAGAGGAGAAUGAGAACCUCAUAGCCACAGUCCGAGAUGUGGUAAACAGACUUGAACGCUAGUGACUGGGUCUCGUGACCCAAGGAUGCUUUACAAAUGUUUUUUGGCCAGUGUGGAAUAAGAAGCCAUGAGGGAAAGGGGUGGGAGGCAGAAUUGCAGGUUUGUCCUAGUCCCUGCUUCUGUGGUUUGUCAAUCAGACAAACAGAUCAAUGCAUUAAAAGGUCUUAAAAAGCCACAGACACCACCCAAUAAACAUUUGGAACUCUCUUCUGUGUAAACUUGUAAAAGCAUGCAACUUCUGUGCAAUCUUCAGUUUCCUAUUAAUUUUUGCUGGGUGUGAGGAGGGUGCAUACAUUCUGUGGACUGGCUGACUAUGGAGAUGAUAUUUCACAGUUCCUGAAAUGAAGUCAGCCUUCAUGGUGUAGUGAUUACCUUGGUGUGUUAUAUGGCCUACUGUCUUGUAGUGUCUUUUACUUUGUUUUUCUGUUUACCUUGUGGGAUUAUCUUUCUCCACUUUAGUUUUCUUCUUUUGGUCUUUUUAUUUGCAGUACUGGAUCACAGUGCUUGUGUUCUCUGGUGUAACAGGCAGUGUUCCUUGGUGCACUGUCUUGUCCUACCCUGCCUGUCUUGUUUAUAUGAGCUUUUCUUAUGCAGAAUCCUGAUUUUUGUGUUAACCUGCAACAUGUACCAUGUGAGCUUGCUCCCUGCCUGAGACUGGCUGUGGUUGAUAUUCUGUGACUUGAUUCUCCUGUGAGAAAAAUUUUUCUCCUCCCUCUCUUCAAACACCUCACACGUAGCAUCUGGCUCUUCUCUGAAGGUCUCCUGUUAGCUCUUGAGAAUGUUUGGUGGAGCAUUUUACUACUGCACAGGUCAGUGGUAAUUGAGAUAGAACUCUUGCCCUUCCUCUGGGAUGCUCAGUCUCAUUUAAUGUUACUGCCUUGUUUUUGAGAGAGUGAUCUCAUGGUGAGAGCUGUAUCUAUAAAAAGAGAAAUGAGCAGAGAAAUUGCAUUUUUUUUCUGCCCUCCUGAAAUUGCAGUGCUGGGAAGCAGUAUGCCUGGAAGCAGCACAUGUAUUUUUUGCAUGAGUUGUUAGAGCAGAGGAAGUUAUUAGUAGCUGGGUCCAUACAGCAGCUCACAGCAUUCUACAUUACAGCCUGUAUGUGCUUUCACCUUUUGUCAAAGUGAAGUACAGCCUGUGAAGCCUGUAGCAUUCAGCAUCUUAUGUUCCAGUGUGACCUAAAUGGCCUUUUACUAACAUCAUGUGGAACUCUGCAUGCUGAGCAGCACUGCAUCUCCUGUCCAAGAUGAAGGCACCUACUGUCUGCACCAGCUUACAUGAACCGUUUGCUGCCCUUUGGUUCUUGUCAAAUUGUCAAUCUCAACUUUGGCUGAGCACUUGCUGGACAUCUCUGGGCUUUAUGGUAGCAGUUGAAGUGCUCUUUCUUCCAUAUGACAAUCUCCAUGCUCCUCUCUAAGAAAUCUUCUAAGAUUUCCUUGUUAUGAACUGGAAACGGGUUUCGUGACUGGAACACAUUGCAGUCAGCAUCACUUUCAUGUGUCUGUAACACAACUGUUUGAAGAUUAAAAAGCAGUUUCUUCUUUUCCCACAUGGUACACAUGGACUUCAUGCUUGCCUGAAGCCAUCUCCAGGUGAACACCUUGUGUGUCAGGUCUCCACUUAUUGCUGUAGCCAAGCAGCAAGGAUUUCCAUGUAAAUUCAAGUCUUCCUUGAGGGAGGAAACUCCUUUCUCUUGUCUGCAGUCUCAUCUUCAAGACUUCCCAGAAAGGAAUCACAGUUUGCUGCACUGACCUCCUUUUUCCUCAGCAUGGAUGAGACCGACUGCUGUUGGCAUGAACUUUUUUAGUGGAUUCCAUGACAAACACUGUGCAAAGAAAGAUCUUACAGGUUAAUAAUAAUAAUAAUAAUAAUGUCUCCAGAAGAACCACCGAUACCUUCGUCUCCUGUGUGCAUCUUUUUUUUUAGAAUUGGUGAUCUUUGACUUUCAUUAAGUGGCCAAAAUGCACUGCGUAGUCGAAGGUGACUUUAAAAAUCCCAAAAUUCAGCCUGUGGCAUGUGACUUAAUACCUGGUGUUGCAUCUUGUCAAGACUCCAGAAAUUGCUAUGUAAUAUGAUAGUAGGGUACAGUUCUGGGCUGAGACAUGAAGUAUGUGUGACUGCAGGCUGCCCCUGCUUUAAUUUGGAGCAGCUACCAGCUCAUGGCAUACUGCUAAUACAUCAUUGUGUUGGGUAACACACAAGUGUUAUGGGCUAGGAAAUUUGAGGUGGUGUUAUUUGAGGGCUGACAAAUCUCUUGCUUGUUCCCACAAGGAAAGACGGGGCUGGUUAUGCCUAUCCUUAAAGCAUCUGGGAAAAGACUGAAGUUCUUGCUUACCAGUGAUGUGACAGAUGAUGUUUGUCUCAUUAAGAAGCUUCUUAUUUAUAUUGAUCUUAAAAAAAUGGAUUUUGACUUGUCAGUGUUUUCUGACUAUCACUUCAGUUUAUGUUUUCAGUGUUGGGUAACAAAAAAAAAGAAGUAAAAAUGAAGUGGGAGUCAAAGAGAAGAGAGGGAUAAAAUGCUUUAGUCACUUAAAGAAAUGCUAAUAGAAAUACAUUAAAACAGAAUCCAUUUGCUGGAUUAAUGUGCUUGGAAUUGUUGAGAUGCCAACUUUUCUGUACAAUGUUUUUGUAAUUAAACUUCAGAGUUCCUUUGUUUUUAAGAAGUUGAUGUACAUGUUUGACACUUGCUUCAUUAAAAUUGUUCAAAA